AGAUGGAUAGAGAACAUGACUUGAUGGAGGUUGGGUUUGAAAAAAGCGGCGGACUGGUUGGCGAAGGCAAGCGGGCUGUACGUUGGUUUAUGGUCUUGUGCUGGGGAGGGGGCACCGAGCAUGUUUUAAAAGAGUAUUUAAAGUUCGAAGUAGGGGGUUUGAUUUGACCUUUACGUCAUCAGCUAGACACAUUACCAAACAAGUUAUUUUGUCCAAUUUUGUUUCAGACUGACGGGCUGUGAGGAUUGAAUAACCAAUUAAAGUCUACAACUUAGAUGUCUACAUAUUAGUCUUGAUGGUGAAAGGUAUACAUUCACCUUACAAUAGACACAUUUUCCAAAUAUCCGUCUCAGGGGCCAUAUCCGGAGUUCACUAAUCCUUGCAUUGUUUCGCGCCAUUCUCUUUGAUCCUUUAUAAUCUUCCCGCUGCAAAGCGCGCGGCACGCGCCGAACAGGACAUCACCUUUUCAAAACGGUUCAAUUGAUCACUUUUAACCAUCACCGAAUUCUGUUUUAUCUUGAAGACAAUCAGGAUUUUUUUUCUUAGGGAUCGAACCUUUAAUUAUCUAGCACAUCCUUGUGGUUUCAUUGGAUAAUGCCAAGCGACCAAUCAAAACAGGCAUAUCAAAUUUGGCUUUUUGCCUCUUUUUGCGAUUCCUGUUGUAAAGCCCCCAUUCUACCGAAGAACACCGUUUCGUAAGGACCUUGAAUUGAUCACCAACAAGUUUUUUUUUUAAUUGGAAAAGUACAGUUAUUUCCCUUAAAAAGAUAUCGAACUCCACUAUGAUUACCACGAUGCUACCAUUGAACUCUAAACUAACGAAGAAGCAGAUUGAGAUUCUCGAAGCUGAAUUCGUCAUCAACACACGCCCUGAUAUUACUACUAGAGAUCGCUUGGCAAACACUUUGAAGAUCAGUAACCUCUUGAUACAUGUUUGGUUCCAGGUCCGUCGCCCAAGACUUCGUCGCAACCCCUCUCAGAGGAGAGUAUUUCAGAAGAGCAAAGUGGACACCUGCACCCACCAACCCAGUCAACUCUCUAUUGCCAUCGAUGAAUCUGACGUAACGGAGUCAUCUUCAGACGGAGCUGAUCAACCCUUAGAUCUCUCCACGGCCAGUCGUAAACGAAAGUCCCAAGACGACAUCAAUGACAAAGAGAUGCCUCCUCAUCCCUGCAAGAAACCGACCACCAGUCUGCCAUCGAUGAUCUCGCCGACCCACCACCCUACUGUUCGCGGCGCCAACCAGUACGGCUCAUCAGUUGACACACCGAGCGGCGCCGGCAUCAUCAGUCCAUUAAUGUCGGUUGACUUUCUCUCCCGGAGCAGUCAUACAGAAAGGAUGCCUUGUCGUGACGUCACACAUCUCUACAGAACGCCGAUGUUUUAUCCGUCAUCUGCAGUCCCGUAUUUGAUUUACUACCAAUGAUAAUAUAAUUAACAACUGAGAAGAACUUUUUAUGAGCAACAUAUAACAAGAUCGCAGCCAAAGAUUCUUUGAUAUAGAUGAUUGGUCUUGGAGGCAUUGGACACGUUUUUUGGCGAGGGACAUUUUCCAAGUUGAGUGUGGUCUUUAUUUAUUGUUUUUUGGUAUCCGAUGAUUUUUGAUAAUUUUUUAUGGUCUCUUAGUUGAUUUUUUUUCACAUUUGUCCUGUUACUUAACAUGUCAUUUAUGUAUGGUUUCUCGAAUGGAAUACCAGAUGAAAAUAUUUUCAUAAUAAA